CCUCGGACAGUAGCAUUUUCUCCUUUAUGCGGACAAGUUUUUGCGCGUUUGACUCGCAAAGAGAAGUUGAAAUCGGAUGUAGUAGAGUUCUAAAUCUAAUAAGAUAAAAAAAUUGUGGUCAUAAUAUCGUUAAUAAUAACAGUGCUAAAACCGGAUCUCUCUUAGGAGAUUUUGAAAAUAAAUAAAAAGAAAGAAAAAGAUAUAAAUUUGACACGUCUGAAAGACAACAAUGUGUGGACAAAAUUUAACAUUUUGGUAUUGCGCGUUCUAUCUCCUCGUCGCUUCGUCAUCGAAAUCUCAGCAAAAUUUUACUGUCAAUGAAGAGAAAAAUGAUAAUUUGACAGUACGAUAUGAGAUAAACGUAGAUUCUACGACAAACUAUAGCGACGAAAUGAUAACACUACAUGAUUUGUACAGAAAGUCUACGUCCAAUGUGCACUAUGAAGAUAUGCAAUAUAAAGAUACGCAGCAUGAAUCUCGCCUCACUUCAGUACACACCAGUAACAAUCGCGAGGAUGAUGACUCGAUACAAUUCAAAUUCGAUACGCACUCUAUACAAAAUCAUGAAGAUAAUAAGCAAAUACCAAUGGAACGCACAAAUUCAACAAAUGUCAACUAUAAAAAAAAUUUUACGUCACAGGAAAUUUAUGAAAACUUGAUGAGAAUUGAAGAAGAAAGCAAUCCCGCGUUGCACGAGUUCUUGGAAAAUUCCAAUAAAGAUAGAAGACUAACAAAUAUCGUUUCAUACAAAAUGUGCUUCAAUAUUACUUGCAUUCAGUUAUGCUGUCCUCUUGGCGACCGUCUGGUUGAUAAUAAAUGCUUUCCUGGAAAAAAAAGAUACUUCUUCCCGAACAUAUACGGAUACACGAACGAUUCGUUGCAGAGCGAAAAUAAGACGGUGGACGAAUUGUUUCAGCUGGUCGUCUACGAUCCGUGCCAGGAUGAAAAUCAUAUCCUGUUACCCGAUCAUAAUUUCACAUUCUUUGCCAAUGGUUCUCUCUAUUUAUCUUAUCAUAAAAUAUUUGUCAAAUCGUCAUUAUAUUGUCUCGGCGUCGCAAGAGGAAAUAAGUACGAAAUGACUAUCUGCUCGAAGACCGCUGAGGAAAUCUUUAUUACGACAAAUAAUGUCGAUGACUCAAAAAUCAUAUAUAUAAGCUUUGAUAUAUUGUGUAUAUUAUUUAUGGUAUCAAUAUUUCUUGUAUAUUCCAUAUUGCCAGAGCUUCGGAACGUACAUGGUUUCAUGUUGUGCAAUUACAGCGGUGCAUUGUGUGUCACAUACACAACUACUAUUAUGAAUGUUCAAUUCUAUUCGAACGCUAUACAUGAUUCGAUCUGUAUAAUAUUUGCUUUUUUUAUCUACUUUUGUUAUAUGGCAAGCUUUUUCUGGCUAACUGUAAUGAGUUUUGAUAUGUGGUGGACAUUUAGAGGAUUUUGUUCGUUACAAAAUAACAUGAAACAAGGAAAGAAGAGAAAGUUGGUAUUUUAUACGCUCUUUGCAUGGGGUUUAUCUUUUACCUUUGCUAUUAUCUCUAUCAUUAUGGAAUUUUCUGAAAAUUUGCCGGAGAUUUUGCGACCGAAAUUUCGCAAAGGACAUUGCUGGUUUGUUGAAUAUGAAACGUUUGUGUUGUAUUUUUACGGAUUCUUUAGUAUUUGCACUAUUAUUAGCAUUUGUUUAUCCAUUUCUGCGGCAGUAAAGAUCGCGCGUUUUGAAAAGGAAACAGGCAAGUGUUUGACAAAUUCAGAAAGCCAGGAAUAUAAUAACAACAAGAAAUGGUUCAAUUUAUAUCUGAAGAUAUUUAUUUUGCUGUUUAUUAUGAUGAUAAUAACAUGGUCCAUAAUGACAGCGUCCUUGUUGUUUAAAAAUGAAUUUUUUCUUACAUAUUUGAUUAUGUUGACGGAGACUCUGCAAAAUUUCUGCUUCUUUAUUAUCUUCGUAUGGAAAAAAGAUAUCAGGCGGAUGUUAUUGAAGCGAUUUGGCUGCGUACUUUGUUUUCAGAAGAUUGUUGAGCAACAUCAUUAAGUAAUUAAUUAAUUUGAUGUGCAUCACUAUAUCAGGAAAAAUAUCUAUGGAGAAAAAAAUUAAUUUUUACAAACAAAGAAUACGUCAAAAAUUUAUUCAGUGAGACUGAACUCUAAUGUUGUAAUGCAUAAAAGGAAGUUUUAUCAGAAUCUCAUAAUUUUUAAAUUGAGAAUUAAAUAUUCAGUGCUAA